AUGAGCUCAACGAUCUUGGCAACCAAAGAGUCUAAGAAAGAGUUCUUAUUGUCGGUAGAUAAUUGUUCAAUAAAGAGGGAAUGGAAAAUCGAACGACCGGGUGUAUGGAUAGUAUAUUUACAUUUUGCACACACACAAAACACGAAUCACAUGACACUCCAUUGUCGUUCCGUUGGUGUCUAUUUACGAAUAGAAGGUAUCAGUCAGAUGUACUUGUACUUUUUACUAAAUCGCGAUGAUGCUUUACCUGCAUAUUUUCCUUCAGUCGGGGGCAAGAUUACUGAUAAGCAAACGAAUAUUCAACCAAGAGAACCAUAA